UGUCCCCAAACAACACAGGUCCAACCGGCCACUGGAGUGAAGAGGCGCGGAGCUAACCCUCAAACUUGCGGUUCGUACCAGCACUUAAACAAGGCAAGCGACGUCGUAUACCGUCCGCCCGCAUCCAAAGUCCAAAACCUCAGGGAUCACACACACGCAGAGUCAGAGGGAGAGGGGCAGAGGAGCCAUGGUGCACAGUGCCUACGAUUCCUUCGAACUCCUUAAUAAUUGCCCCACGAAAAUCGACGCCAUCGAAUCUUACGGAUCGAAUCUACUCAUCGCCUGCUCAGACGGAUGUCUCAGAAUCUACGGCCCAGAAUCCUCCGGUUCCGACCGAUCUCCGUCGUCUGAUUUCCACACCGAAACCCUAGAACUCAAAAAGGAGCCGUACGUGCUUGAACGAACCGUGAAUGGGUUCUCGAAGAGGCCAAUGCUGGCAAUGGAGGUUCUGGGGCCUAGAGAGCUGCUGCUUUCGCUCUCGGAAUCGAUCGCGUUCCAUCGGUUACCUAAUUUAGAGACUAUUGCAGUAAUUACGAAGGCAAAAGGUGCGAAUGUGUAUUCCUGGGAUGAUCGGAGGGGGUUCUUGUGCUUCGCGAGGCAAAAGAGAGUCUGCAUUUUCAGACAUGAUGGGGGACGAGGAUUUGUGGAAGUGAAAGAAUUUGGUGUUCCAGAUAUGGUCAAGUCAAUGUCUUGGUGUGGUGAGAAUAUCUGUCUGGGGAUUAGAAGAGAGUACAUGAUACUAAAUGCUACAAAUGGUGCAUUGUCUGAGGUAUUUCCUUCAGGCAGGAUUGCUCCACCAUUAGUGGUGUCUCUACCAUCGGGCGAACUUCUUCUUGGGAAGGACAAUAUUGGAGUGUUUGUGGACCAAAAUGGAAAGCUUCUUCAAGAAGGCAGGAUUUGUUGGUCUGAGGCCCCUGCAGUUGUUGUCAUUCAAAAACCGUAUACAAUAGGUCUCUUACCAAGGCAUGUUGAGGUGUGGUCUCUCCGAGUUCCUUACCCAUUGAUACAAACUGUAGUUCUUCGUAAUGUUCGUCGUCUACUCCAGAGCAACAAUGCAAUAAUUGUUGCAUUAGACUACUCUGUUUAUGGAUUGUUUCCCAUUCCUCUUGGUGCACAGAUUGUACAAUUAACAGCAUCUGGUAACUUUGAGGAAGCCUUGGCUUUGUGUAAGUUGCUUCCACCGGAAGACUCAAGCCUUCGAGCUGCAAAGGAGCAGUCAAUUCAUAUAAGAUAUGCACACUAUCUGUUCGAAAAUGGGGGCUAUGAGGAGGCCAUGGAACAAUUUUUGGCAUCUCAAGUGGACAUCACCCAUAUACUUUCUUUGUAUCCAUCUAUCAGUCUUCCCAAAUCGUUUGUAAUACCUGAACCAGAGAAGUUUGUGGACAUCACUGGGGAUGCUUUGUAUCUAUCAAGAGGUUCCUCUGGUAUGUCAGAUGAUCUGGAGUCAUCACCGACUCCUCAGCUCCUGGAGUCUGAUGAGAGUGCAGCUCUCGAGUCUAAGAAAAUGAGCCACAAUACUUUGAUGGCUCUCAUCAAGUUCUUGCAGAAGAAGAGACAUAGCAUUAUUGAAAAGGCCACUGCUGAGCGAACUGAGGAGGUUGUUUCAGAUGCUUUUGGAGAAAAUUUUGGUUCUUAUGAAACCAGUCGGUCUAGGAAAUCGAGCAAGGGCCGGGCUAGCAUUGCCAUUAGCUCAGGUGCUAGGGAGAUGGCAGCUAUUCUGGACACUGCACUACUCCAAGCUCUGCUUCUAACAGGACAGUCUUCAGCUGCUUUAGAAGUACUGAAAGGUAUUAAUUAUUGUGAUGUAAAGAUAUGCGAGGAGUUUCUGCAGAAAAAGGGUCAAUAUGCUUGUUUGUUAGAGCUAUACAAAUGCAAUGCAAUGAAUCGCGAAGCUCUUAAACUUCUGCAUCAGUUAGUAGAAGACUCAAAAUCAGACCAACCGCAAGCUGAGCUCACCCAAAAGUUCAAGCCUGAGAUGAUUAUUGAAUAUCUCAAACCUCUUUGUGGGACUGACCCUAUGCUCGUCCUGGAGUUCUCAGUGCUUAUUCUUGAAAGCUGUCCAGCUCAAACCAUUGAGCUCUUUUUGUCUGGAAACAUUCCAGCAGACAUGGUGAACUCUUACUUAAAACAGCACGCUCCGACCAUGCAGGCCACGUACUUAGAACUUAUGCUUGCAAUGAAUGAAAACGGGAUCUCUGGAAAUCUGCAGAAUGAAAUGGUUCAAAUUUAUCUCUCGGAAGUUCUUGGUUGGUAUGCCGAUCUUAGUGCUCAACAAAAAUGGGAUGAGAAAGCUUAUUCCCCAACGAGGAAGAAACUGUUGUCUGCCUUAGAGAGUAUCUCAGGAUAUAAUCCGGAUGUUUUGUUCAAGCGACUUCCACCAGAUGCUUUGUAUGAAGAGCGUGCAAUUUUGUUGGGAAAGAUGAAUCAGCAUGAGCUUGCUUUAUCUAUAUAUGUUCAUAAGCUUCAUGUUGCUGAACUGGCCUUAUCCUAUUGUGAUCGGGUGUAUGAGGGUGGAAUUCAUCAAAAUUCUGCAAAAUCUUAUAGCAAUAUAUACCUCACUUUGCUGCAAAUAUAUUUGGAUCCUCAGAGGACAACAAAAAACUUUGAAAAGCGAAUAACUAAUCUAGUCUCAUCUCAGAGAAUUGCCAUUCCGAAGGUUGGUUCUGGGACUUCAGCUAAAAGUAAAAGUCGUUUACCUAAGAAAAUUGCAGAGAUAGAGGGUGCAGAGGACACCCGAAUCAGCCCAAGUAGCACCGACAGUGGAAGGAGUGAUGGUGAUGCAGAUGAUCCUAGUGAGGAAGGAGGUUCUACUAUCAUGCUCGAUGAGGUCCUUGAUCUGUUGAGUCAAAGGUGGAAUCGAAUCCAUGGAGCGCAGGCCCUAAAACUGUUACCAAGGGACACUAAGCUACAGAAUUUGCUCCCGUUUCUUGGACCCCUUCUCAGAAAAUCCAGCGAAGCAUACCGUAACUUUUCAGUGAUCAAAAGUUUGAGAGAGAGUGAAAACCUGCAGGUAAAAGAUGAACUCUAUAACCAAAGGAAGAUGAUUGUAAAGAUCAGCAGUGAUAGUAUGUGUUCACUUUGCAACAAGAAGAUAGGGACUAGUGUCUUUGCAGUCUACCCCAAUGGUAAAACAAUUGUGCACUUUGUUUGCUUUAGAGAUUCACAGAGUAUGAAGGCUGUGGCAAAAGGCACACCAUCACGGAGGCGAUGAUAGCAUGUAUAUUUGUCUUUGGGCCAAUCGAAAAUGUCUGUCUCUUGAGCCAUCACAAGCAGCAUCUUCAAUGCAUGAUUUGGAGCUUUUAAGAAGGGAUCUAAAAGGUAAUGGCUUUACCCUCUUUGAGGAUCACUCACCCGUCACUGGUAUGCUCAGUGGCUAGUACACUUGUCCAGUCAAAAACUGCAUUGGUGACUCCUGAGAAAUGGGACAGGCAAAGAAAUAUCAUAUUGUUGUGCGAUAUGGUUCCUAAUGCAAGUUUUGCAUUGUGGAUUAUUUGGUGCCACAGAGAUUCAUUGUUGUUGUGAAGGCAGCUUUGGUUGUAAAGAUCCUAGCUGCCUACUGUAGUGUGUGAGAGAAUUAAGUGAUCGGUAAUUUUAUUUUCAUUUUUGGAAUUGAUUCUCGUGUUAUAUUCGAGGUUAUCGAGGUUGUGUAUGUAUAAAGUAGUCUUGUAAGCUUAUGAAUAAUGUAUUUCAGAGAAGCCUUGUGUUGUCUUAGCUUCAUGUUUGGUCCAAAAUUUUUCAUAGCAGAAACACUCACUUUUAGCACAAUUUUGUUUACCAAUGGGCAUCAACUCUUAUUAGCUGAGCCCAACGUUCAUUUUCGUACUACUUUGCCUACAAAACGGUAAACAACCACCCCAACCCUAGACCCAUUGUACGGAUCAUCACGGUGUAUUAUCUCCACAUCAAACAGCUUCUUCGCCUUCUUGAAGAACGCAGACUCCUUCUUCCACCUCUUCAAAUGAGCCAUCAAAAACACCGUCUUCUUCCCACUCCCUAUCAACAAGAACCUCAAAGUUUCGAGUAAAGGAUCAUAGAGGUGAUUGUAAUACACAACAUCAGUGCCCAAUAUCAGAUCAUAAUCUCUACCAACAGCUUCCAUAUCAUCAUUCUCUCCCCAUCUCAGCGGCGCAACGUCGAUGGACCCACCGUUGACCGCCACAACAUCGGCGUUUGCUCCCGCAUUGUACCGGAGGUUGGGAAGCACGUGAGGAAGAUCCGUGACCAUGACACUAGCGUUGAGUAUUGCCGCGGCGGCGAUUCCUACCAGACCGGUGCCUGAUCCUAGCUCGAGGAUGCGGAUUUGACGGCAACUUUCACCGGAAGUGGACGAAAAGGCAGAGAGAGUUGGAGAGAGAGGGGUGGUGCCAUUGCUAGGGUCACAGCGGUGACGAUCGAGGAGAGUGACGAGCGUGGCCGCAGCAGGCCAAAGUUGGAACGAUAGGCCUUGAGAUGGGAGCUGCCUGAUAAUAACCGUGGAGUGAAUGGAGGUUGGAGCUUGAGCGUUGUAAUGGGGUCGGAGUCAUUGUCGGCUGUCUGGGAGUUCAUGUGAUGGCCGCCGCUUCAGGGUUUCGCCACUUGCAAGCAGGUAAUAUGAUCCACUGUCAUUAACGAGGGUAUUUUAAGAAAAAUUUGUUGCCCUUUUCGGU